GUGUGGUAGGGACCAGGGAGUAUAGUAAGUCAACAAAGUUUCAUCAACGAGAUUUCUGAUUUCUACACUCCCCCUUGCUGGUGGUUUGCCGUUUGCAUCAGUCGAGCUCAACGAUGGAGGAGGAGAGAAAGAGAUUGGUUGAGGAAGAAUGGAACUCCAUGAUUUCAACCAAGCAGCAAAUCUCUCUUGCUGAUUUCCCCUCCAGAUUCCUCUUUUGGCGUCGCUACUUCCGCUUAUCAGGUAGAAGGAGCUGCCAAUCAGGGUGGCAGGGGUCCUUCUAUUUGGGAUACUUUUUCACACACACAAGGCAAAAUAAAAGAUGGGAAAAAUGGAGAUAUAGCAACAGAUCAAUAUCAUCGUUACAAGGAAGACGUUGA